AGCUCCGUUGAAGUCCACAGACGAAGAGAGUGCGAUUUGACUGGAGCCGGAAGAAGCUUUCAGCUGAGCAACGAGCGACGGCGGGGACGAUGAACACGGACAUCACCGCGUCGGCGAAGCCGGAGUACCCGGUGAUAGAUCGGAACCCUCCCUUCACGACGGUGGUCGGCAACUUCAGCACCCUCGACUACUUCCGCUUCGUCACCAUCACCGGCGUCUCCGUCACCGUCGGCUACCUCUCUGGGAUAAAGCCUGGGAUCAAGGGACCAUCAAUGGUGACGGGCGGAUUGAUUGGUCUAAUGGGCGGGUUCAUGUACGCAUACCAGAACUCGGCGGGCCGGCUAAUGGGAUUCUUCCCCAACGAGGAUGAGGUAGCUCGUUACAAGAAGUGAAUGCUAAUUCCCUUUUUUCCGGGGGGCUUGUUUUUGUUAUAAUUUGGAACCCAAAAUAUAUGCUUUAGGCACAUCAUGUUGUGCUUUUUGUGGGAAGAUGACAGAUGGUUAUGUCAAUAAAUCAAUGUUUUAGUGCUGA